AUGGGCCGUUCAGGGUCCGGAAAGUCGUCAAUGAGGUCCAUUAUCUUCUCCAACUACUCAGCCUUCGACACACGAAGAUUGGGGGCCACUAUAGAUGUGGAGCACUCGAAUUUGAGGUUUUUGAAUAACAUGACCCUCAAUCUUUGGGAUUGUGGUGGACAGGAUGUCUUCAUGGACAAUUUUUUAAACAACACGAACGAAAACAACUACAACAACUCGUCGUCGGCUAAUAUCUUCAAGAAAUGCGAGGUUUUGAUCCAUGUUUUCGACGUCGAGAGUAAGGAAGUUGCGAAGGAUAUAAACACUUUCAAGAGAGUCUUGGAAAACUUGAGCAAGUUUUCGCCGAACGUGAAGAUUUUCAUUCUCAUCCACAAAAUAGAUUUAGUUCAAUCAAACAAGAGACAAGAGUUGUUCCAGUUGAUGUACAACAACUUGAAAAACAUUGCGUACAAUGAGUAUGGAUUCAAAAUCACGGGGUUUGCCACCUCCAUUUGGGACGAGAGUUUAUACAAGGCGUGGUCUUCCAUUGUGUGUUCACUAAUACCCAAUGUUGAGAUAUACGAGCAACAUCUAGCGAAGUUGAAUGAGAUUAUCGACGCCAGAGAAAUAAUCCUCUUUGAAAAGACUACCUUUUUGGUCAUUUCUUCUAUGGACAGGUUCAAGAGCAACACCAAUGAACAUACAAUGAACCCAACUCUGGCCCUGGACCCAAAGAGGUUUGAAAAAAUUUCCAAUAUAGUGAAGACGUACAAGCAGAGCGUAAAUAAGAUAAGGUCAAAUUUCAAGAACUUGAUUCUGCACGGGAAAAACUCGUCUAUCUACCUUGACGUUUUGACGUCAAAUAUUUACAUCAUGGUAAUAAUGGAUAACAACAUCGGGAAGGACGAAAAUUACGAAGUGAAUAACGAGAGUCUGGUGCUCGAAGACAUAAAAAUCGCCAGAAAUCUCUUCGAGCAAAUCGAAAAUAAACCUCUCAGCUGA